GCGGGGUUGGCCCCAUGGCGACGCCGGCGAAGAUGCGCAGAGUGCAGCAGCAGCGGGCCGGUGAGCAGACCAGCGGGAGGCCCAGUGGGUGGCGCAGGAAGUGGCCCAGUGGGCAACCCACUGAUGGGCCCAGGAAGAGGACCAACGGGCAACCCACCGAUGGGCCCAGGAAGAGGACCAGCGUGCGGCCCAAUCGCUGGUCCACUGAUGGGCCCAGGAAAAAGCCCAACUUGCAGCGCAGUGAUGGACCCAGGAAAAGGCCCAACGUGGGACCCAACAUGCGGCCCAAUGGUGGGCCCAGGAAAGGGCCCAACGGGAAGCCCAAUGGGCGGCGCAGUAAUGGGCCCAGGACAAGGCCCAACAUAAGGCCCAACAUGCGGGCCAGUGAUGGGCCCAGGAAAGGGCCCAACGUGCGGCCCAGUGAUGGGCCCAGGAAAGGGCCCAACGUGCGGCCCAGUGAUGGGCCCAGGAAAGGGCCCAACGUGCGGGCCAGUGAUGGGCCCAGGAAAGGGCCCAACAUGCCGGCCAGCGAUGGGCCCAGGAAAGGGCCCAAUGUGCGGGCCAGCGAUGGGCCCAGGAAAGGGCCCAAUGUGCGGGCCAGUGAUGGGCCCAGGAAAAGGCCCAUUGUGCGGGUCAGCGAUGGGCCCAGGAAAGGGCCCAACGUGCGGGCCAGUGAUGGGCCCAGGAAAGGGCCCAACAUGCGGCCCAGUGAUGGACCCAGGAAAAGGCCCAACAUGCGGCCCAGUGACAGGCCCAGGAAGCGGCCCAACGUGCGCCGCAGUGACGGGCCCAGGAAGCGGCCCAACGUGCGGCCCGGUGACGAGUCCAGUGAGGAGUCCAGGAGGUGGCCCAACAGGCAGUUCAGCGUGCGGCCCAACCCGGGGCCCCCGGCCCCCAAGCCUCUGAGCCUGGAGGCGGCGGCGGCCGAGGAGGCCCGGCGUCAGCAGCACCUCCUGGCCCUGGGCCGCGACAAGCCCGAGGUGGAGCGCUGCCUGGAGGAGCUGGUCUUCGGCGGCGACCACCAGGAGGGCGACGAGGAGUGCCUGCUGAGGCGCCUGAGGGGCUCGGGGGACGACCGCGUCGUCGGGGGAAAACUGCGGAAAGACUCCAGUGAUUCAGAAGAGGAGAAUGAAGCUAAAGACAACUCUCUCUCCCGGCGGAAGCCCGUGUGGAUGGAUGAAGACGACGACAAGGAAGAAGCGAUUGACAUGACCGAGCACCGUCGGAAAGCUCUGAAAAAAAGCACCCAGGAGAAGCAGCUUACCAAGAAGCAAUUCCAAAGGAGGCUUAGAGAAGAGUUUCAGCAAGCGAUGGGAGGAAAUCCGGCGUGGGCGGAGAUCGGCAGGAAGAAACGCCAUUCCGAAGACGACAGCGAAGACGAGGAAGAGAACCUGCUGCUCCGGACCGGGAACUUCAUCACCACGUCGGCCUCUUUGCCGCGAGGAGUGUUGGAGAUUAAGAAGUGUCCGGAUGCCAACUGUCAGCUUCCUUCGUCCGCCAACCUCAGUUCCGUCCGGUUCCAUCCUUGUGCCCAGGUGGUGAUGACCGCCAGCCGGGACACCUCCCUGACGCUCUUCCAGGUGGACGGCAAAACAAAUCCCAAAAUUCAGAGCAUCUCCCUGGAGCGCUUUCCCAUCUACCAAGCCCGAUUCAGUGCCAGCGGGGAAGAGGUCAUUGCCACGAGCGUGCGGAGCAAGAUUAUUUACGUGUACGAUAUGAUAGGCGGGAGCAUUAAUCCCGUGCACCAAGUGAGAGGGUUGGAAGAGAAUUUUGUCAAGAAAUUUGAAGUCUCUCCGGAUGGGUCCUUUUUGCUGCUCACAGGCACUAAGGGCUAUCUCCACCUGCUCUCCAUGAAGAGCAAAGAGCUCAUCGGGAGCAUGAAGAUCAGUGGGAAAUCUCUGGCUUCGGUUUUCUCCCCGGAUAGCUCGAAGGUCUUCAGCACAUCCGACACGGGGGAUGUCUUCAUCUGGGACGUGGGCAGCCGUAAGUACCUGCACCGCUUCACCGACGAGGGCUGCCUCUCUGGCCGCUGCAUCGCCCUGUCCAGGAACGGGCAGUACGUGGCCUGCGGGUCCAGCUCCGGAGUGGUGAACGUGUACACCCAGGAGGCUUGUCUCCGAGAUGCCAACCCCAAGCCCGUGAGAGCCAUAAUGAACCUGGUCACGCCAGCCACGUCCCUGGCCUUCAACCCCACCACGGAGAUCCUGGCCAUAGCUUCCAACGAGGCCAACGAGGGGCUCAAAAUGGUCCACCUCCCUUCCUGCACCGUCUUCUCCAACUUCCCCGAGAGCAACAAGAAGGGCAUCUUCCUGUCCCAGUCCAUGGACUUCUCUCCCAGAAGUGGCUUUUUCACCCUAGGGAACAACAAGGGCCGAGCCCUGCUGUACCGGUUGCAACAUUAUGCAGACUUCUGAAGGGGCUUACCCUGGGCGAGCUCGGCCGAAUCCCCACCGCGGCUCCGGCCGGAGCCCCGUCUCACCGUUUCCUCCGGGCGUCUGAGCGUCUCCGAGACGACGCCGGCGUCUGGGUCCUUAACCAAGGGCUUUUUCAAUAAACCUUUAUCCACUUGGCAAA